CGGAGCGUCACCCCGACCUGACGCACUCUUGUACCAGAGCGCAGCUGUCACCAUUACUCCACGCUUAUUGGCCCGAGACCGAGAGAGGCAAACAACUGGAGAGAGAGAGAGAGAGAGAGAGAGAGAGAGAGAGUUGGACAUCUGCUCCAUCGAUCUGCGGACGCGCACUGAGGAGUUUCUCUCGGACGUUGGCCACCUUUUUCUGCGCUUUCGGUUUUUUUAAGGGGGAAUGCCAAAGUGGAUUCACAGCUAGAACAUGCUCCUGGGAAAUCUGGUAGUGGUUGUGUUCUGUCUGUGGAGUACCGACGUCAGCAGAGCUUAUGUUUUUCAAGCCAGUGGGCCAUCAGAGGGAGGAGACAGCCCCCCCUCUCAAGUUAAAGACGUCUCAGAGUGGGUCAGCUCAGCGGGAUCCUGUAAGGGGAGGUGCUUUGAGCUGGAUGAGGCCAAACCUCCAGGAUGCAGGUGUGACAAUCUGUGUAAGACCUACUACAGCUGCUGCUCCGACUUCGACAAGCUCUGCCUGAAAACAGCGGGGGGCUUUGAAUGCAUGCCGGAUCGCUGCGGGGAGGAGAGGAAUGAUGAUCACGCCUGUCACUGCUCAGAGGAUUGUCUGGAGAGAGGGGACUGCUGCUCCAACUACAAGUCGCUGUGCAAAGGUGAGACUUCGUGGGUGCAGGGCGACUGUGAGGAGAUCAAGAGUCCUGAAUGCCCUGCAGGCUUCAUCCGUCCUCCGCUCAUCAUGCUGUCUGUCGACGGGUUCAGAGCCUCCUACCUGAAGAAGGGCAACUCUGUCAUCCCCAACAUACAGAAGCUCAGAACGUGUGGUACAGCCGCACCGUACAUGAGACCCGUCUAUCCGUCAAAGACAUUCCCUAAUUUAUACACGCUGGCCACGGGCCUUUACCCAGAGUCCCAUGGGAUUGUGGGUAACACCAUGCACGACCCGGUGUUUAACGCCACCUUCAGCCUGCGUACCAGAGAGAAACUGAACCAUCGCUGGUGGGGCGGACAGCCUAUCUGGAUCACCGCACAGGAACAAGGAGUGAAAGCAGGCACAUUCUUCUGGCCUUGGUACUUAAGUUGGGUGAUUCCACUGGAGAGGAGGAUUUUGACCAUCCUGCGCUGGCUGCAACUUCCCGAUGAUGAGAGGCCGUAUGUUUACGCCGUCCACUCGGAGCAGCCUGACACCUUCGGACAUCGCCUGGGGCCGCUCAGCAGUGAGUUAGAUAAUCCUCUGAGGGAGAUCGAUAACAUCAUCGGCCAGCUGAUGAACGGUCUGAAGCAAAUGAACCUGCACCGCUGCAUCAACGUCAUUAUCGUAGGAGAUCAUGGUAUGGAGGAGGCUCACUGUGAUUGGACAGAGUUUCUCAGCAGCUACCCACUCAACAUCGAAGAGAUCAACCUCGUCCCGGGCUCGGUGGGCAGAAUACGACCCCGAGACCCCAAAUCAACCACAUAUGACCCGAAAGUUGUGGUUGCAAACCUCACUUGUAAAAUGCCGACUCAGCACUUCAAGCCGUACCUGAAGCAGCAUUUACCCAAGAGGCUUCACUAUGCCAACAACCGCAGGAUCGAGGACGUCCAGCUGCUGAUGGAGAGGAAGUGGCACAUUGCCAGGAAAAUGCCAGAAAAAAUGAGGACUCGAUGUGGUUUCUUUGGCGACCACGGCUUUGACAACAAGAUCACCAGCAUGAAGACCAUAUUCAUGGGUCAUGGACCAAGCUUCAAGUUCCAGAAAAGAGUACCAGAGUUUGAAAAUAUAGAAUUAUACAACGUCAUGUGUGACUUGUUGGGGUUGAAGCCAGCUCCUAACAACGGGACGCACGGCAGCUUGAACGAUAUGCUGAAAGAUCCGCCGUUCCAUCCCGUCAUGCCAGAGGAAGUGACUGAACCGUCCCCGGCCUCUGACCCUGAAGCCUUCGUCACCCAUGACCUGGGCUGCAGCUGUGAUGAUGAGAACAAAGUGGAGGAGGUCAUUGAAGCUUUCACUCCAGCACCAGAUGGAAUCUACAGCUACAAUAGUACUCACCUCCCGUUUGGUCGCCCAGCAGUGAUGUUUGACACGCAGUACAGUUUGCUUCAUCACGUGGAGUUCAUCAGUGGAUACAGCAAAGAGCUGGCUAUGCCUCUUUGGACAGCGUACACAAUACCGCGACAGGAGGAUUUGACCCCUGUUCCAGAAGUUUCUCCAGGUGUUCAGUGUAUCCGAGUGGACUCCAGAAUAUCAGCUGAACACAGUCAGAGCUGCACCACCUACAACCAAAACUCACACCUCACCCACGGCUUCCUGUUCCCGCCAGAGUUGGCGUCGUCUCCAGAGUCCAGAUACGACUCUUCGCUCAUCACGAACAUCGUGCCCAUGUACCCCGCAUUCAAGAGACUCUGGAGUUACCUGCAGGGGGCGCUGCUGCGGCGUUAUGCAGAGGAACAUAACGGCAUCAAUGUCCUCACUGGACCAAUCUUUGAUUUCAACUAUGAUGGCCUCCGAGACACUACAGAGAAAAUAAAAGAGCACACGACUGACGCCCCGCCCAUCCCCACCCACUUCUACACGGUGGUGACGAGCUGCGAGGAGGUGAACCAGACUGUGGAGGAGUGUGACGGCGAGCUCAGCGUCUUUUCAUUCCUGCUGCCUCACAGACAAGAAAACAACGAGGCCUGCAACAGUGCCGAGGACGAGUCGCAGUGGGUGGAGGACCUGCUGAAGCUCCACACCGCCCGGGUCCGAGACGUGGAGAUCCUGACCGGCCUGGACCUCUAUCGCUCCACAAACCUCACCUACAUCAGCACCCUGAGCCUGAAAACCCGGCUGCACACCUUCGAGAGUGACGACUAAUCACACAGACAGAUAAACACACACAAAUAUACAGGAUGUAGCUCUUUUUGUAGAAGUUUUGCAUUUUCACUGCAUGCUCACUGGGCAGCCGGCACACGAAGAACGGAAACCGUGGAGUUGAAAAGGGAACACACAUUUUUGAAAAAUUGAAAAGAUUUAAAUGAUGGUUUGGCAAGUUGUAGUUUGGGAGAUUAAAACAGGAAAACUAUGCAACAAAUAAUAGAGAAAUAAGCUAGCACAGGAACGAUGCAGGACUGGACUUUAUCAACACUGCAACAUAACAGUAUAUCCUCAUGCACAUAACACCAUAUACUUGUUUGACCUCUUUGACGGUGUAGACUCUGUUUUCAUUAUUAACACAUUCCUCUGAUGUCAUGAUCAUUGUGGGAAGCUCAAAUACUGUGAAAAUGUAAUUUUACUGAUUACUUCCUCUGAUUCCUGACACCAGUACACGCUUUCUACCACUCACUGGCUGUAACUGCAGUGACUCCUGCAUACUGUUAAGUCAUGUGCACACCAACUAUACAUUAUAUCUCUGGUAUCUUAACAAUCAGGAAGCAGAAAAGCCGUUUAAAUGAUUGAGAUUCGUCCUUUGAAUAGGAUUUGAAACCUGAAUUAUAGAUUGUUGACAUUGUUACAGCAUUUGAUCCUCCCACACUUAGCUUGAUUUUAGAGGAGAGCGGUCUACGUUGGCUGCUACAUUAAUCUGAUGCUUUAUGAAAUGGAGUUUAACCCAAUGUCUGCCUGAACACAUGGAAAAAACAAGAAUCAAGAAUGUGAAAGACAGCAGUCCAACGUAACCUCUUUGCAGCUUUGGGCUAAAAUGUGCAAAUUUGCUGGUUUGGUUCUGUGAUGAUUACUUUGAGCUUUUUGAGGAAAUACACUUAUUCUUUGUCUUGCAGAUAUUUAGAUGAGAAGAUUGAUGCUAUAACGUCAACUAGCAGUUAGCUAAGCUUAACUUAAAGGGGGGAAACAGUGAGUCUAACUAUGUUGAAAGGUAAAAAUGUGCCAACAGGAACCUUUUAAUGUCUCUUAUUAAAAUGUCAUAUCUCUCCAAGUUACAGUAUUA